CCCUGCCCAAGGAUUUUUUUUCCUGUCUCUCUUCAUGUCUCCAACAGCUCGUCUGCCUACACACAACAUUGGCGAUCACAAGGAUUGGAGCUGUCACCUUUUUGAGUCUGCCUUCUUUCAGUCACCAGACAGACAUACAAGUGACGCUCAGAGCUCUCCUUUAGGACCUUUUCAUCAGCUCUCCGCUGUCCCGGGCAUAAUAAUCACGGCGGCUCUAAGACCUGACCAUUGUCCUCACUUGACUCAACCAGAGAGGAGGCUCAUUGGGUUCGCCUGACUCAUAUACUAACUAUAUCCUCAAUCCCCGAUAGGGGUCUUCAUCAGGUUGAGCUCUUGCGCUUAUCUUCUGUUUCUAAAGAAUGUCGUCGGUUUCAGGUCCGGGGAAAGCCACCGGCUCCCCAGAUAACCAGGAACUCUGCAUUCAGAAACACGUGGAAUACGUUAAAAGACUGGAUAGCAGGAGGGAUGAGUUAGAAUAUUGGCUCACUGAGCACCUUCGCCUCAACGGGGUUUAUUGGGGCUUAACAGCUCUGCACCUCCUAGGGUCUCCUGAGGCAUUGCCUCGUCAAGAGACUAUCGACUUCGUCCUCUCAUGCCAACGCGAGAAUGGAGGAUUCGGAGCUGCUCCAGGCCAUGAUGCGCAUAUGCUUUAUACAGUGUCAGCCGUGCAACUCCUCGUAACACUAGAUGCCGUGGACGAAUUGGACAAGCGUGGUCUAGGAGGCAAAGAAAAAAUCGGCUCUUUCAUCGCAGGAUUGCAGGACAAAGAAUCAGGCGCGUUCCUGGGAGACGAGUGGGGCGAAAAAGACACCCGUUUUCUCUACGGCGCGUUUAAUGCCUUGUCACUUUUAGGACUUCUUCACCUGGUUGACAUCUCGAAAGCUGUCGAGUACGUCAAGAAAUGUGAAAAUCUGGACGGCGGCUAUGGUAUCCGACCAGGAACCGAAACGCACGCUGGCCAAGUCUUCACUUGUGUUGGUGCUCUAGCGAUUGCCGGGCGCUUGGAUUUAGUGAACAGAGACCGCUUAGGGGGUUGGCUUAGCGAGAGACAGGUGGAAAAUGGAGGACUCAACGGGCGGCCCGAAAAGCUACCAGAUGCGUGCUACAGCUGGUGGGUCGGUGCUAGUCUAGCAAUGAUAGACAGACUGCAUUGGAUUGACAGCAGUAAGCUUGCUGCUUUCAUCUUGCGGUGUCAGGAUCCGGAUGCUGGAGGCAUCGGUGAUAGACCUGGUAGUAUGGUCGAUGUCUUCCAUACUUGCUUCGGCAUCGCAGGUUUGAGUCUUCUGAAAUUCGAUGGUCUGCAAGAAGUAGAUCCAGUCUAUUGCAUGCCGAAGAGUAUAACGGCGAGGUGUCUUGCUUCGUAAUCAGCUUCCUAUUAUGCAGCGUUGUGGUUCCAUGCACUGCCACAUUCGUAGUACCACCUCCUGCAAUCUAAUAACCCAUUUUACCUUUCCUCAGUGGUUAAUGGGAUACAAGGCAGGAGAAGAAUGACUGGCACUGCGACUUAUUUCCGCUUCACCCCUAUACAAUGGCCUGUUAAGCGGCCGUUAAGACGCAGUGGCACAUUUUAUCUCGAGAAACAAUACUCUCAGGUCUAGUUCAAUAAUCAAUGUAGGAUGAG